UUACACUGAAGUCUGAAACUUGUGUAUAUUUAAAAUGAAGAAGAAAUUAACCAAAAAAAUCAUACAAAAAUAAACUAACGUAGAGUAAAUAAAGUUUUUAUUCCAAUUUCCAACAUUAAAUUACUUGGCGAAGAAAAAUGUCGAAUACUAAAAGUGACGAAAGCGAUGAAAAGAAGGAAGACAGCAAAAUCAUUAUUAAAAACGCGGCGGAUUUACAAAGAUUAAAACUAUCAAAACUGAUGAAAAAUCCAGACAAGCCAGUAAUUAUCCCUGAAAAGCCGAAGGAGAAAGGGGUACCAAAUGUACCUGAUUUCGUACGAAACGUUAUGGGAUCGAGUGCAGGUGCUGGUUCGGGUGAGUUUCACGUAUACAGGCAUCUGCGAAGAAAGGAAUAUGCCAGGCAGAAAUACAUGCAAGAAAAAGCCGAAAGGGAAAGGUUGGACAAUGAGUAUAGGAAGAAAUUAGAAGAGAACAAAUUGUUGGCUGACAAAAAGACGGAAAAGAAACGAUUAAAGCGACUGAAGAAGAAGAAGAACAAAAAUAAGAAGCAGAAAACAGGGAAAGUGGAGAAUAAAAAAUCUUCAUCAUCAGAAUCUGAGAAUUCUGAUGAUGAACAAGAUGGUUCGACUGAAGAGAAGACAGUUUGUGGCAAGGAAGAAGAAACGAAUACUGACGAUAAAGAUGUUGAGAUAAGUUGAAAAUAAAACUAAUUAUAAGUCUUAGGUUUAUUUAUUUCCUGCCUGAUCGUAAAUUUAGUUAUUUACAUGAUAUACACAUAUCUUUUGAAACAGGUAACUACUACCUUAUAUAAAAUAAACGUACAGCGUAAGUAUACAAUAAUCAAAGAGUAUUUUUAUUUCCAUCAAAAUAUUUUACAAAAAAAUAAGCGUACUUCUUAAACGUUCUUACUCUAUUAAAAAUUAUAAAUAGUACAAAAUACAAAGUGUUCAAUUUGGUUUUUAGUCAUUUCGAAUUAGUGCCUGCACGUCCUAAUAAAAGUAGUCCAAAAUGAAAAUCUAAUAAAUUGUAGCAAUUCAAAAUCCAAGUAAUUUCAUUAUUACUUGCACCUACAUAAAAAAAAAAGUUUGUUUUUGAAUUAACCGUACUUAAUAUUUUUUUGCAUCGACUCGGCAAAAUCAAAUUAAAAUUCUACUCAAUACGAAUGGAAAUAACGGUAAAAAGCCAAUCCUUUUACCACACAAAAUCCUCGAAAAAAAAAAAAUAAUCGCAAUGUAAAUAAAUAAAGAACCAAAAAAAAAACGGAAGUAUCGUGCAGAACAUCCCCCCGAAUAAUCGUACAUUACGAUUCGACGUCCCGCACCAAAAUCCUAUGCUCGGCGCAAUACGCCUUGUAACUACCGUCCAAAAACAACCAGUCGCUCAAUCUCGCGCAGCACACGUGCAUAACGUUCAAACAACCGCGCCUCAAACACGACACGUUCGCCCCCUUCAAGCGGCACAGCUUACACGACACAUUGCAACACGUCCACACGGCCUCCUCCAAUCCCACGAUCUUGGGGCCGAUCAAAUAGGUGCCCGGCGACCACACGAUGCAGUCCUCGUGCGCCCACACCUCGUACGUUCUGUUGCCCGUGUCCGUGAUGCCCCUGUAGACGUCCUCCGGCUCCGACAGGCUCUCCGAGUGUUUCCUCUUCGUCUUCUUCGAUUUCAUCGAUGUCGUCUCCGCGUCCAACGCUUUCGUUAUCUACAACCUUUCGACUUUUGAACUGUCUAUCGUAGGGAUCGUCGAGCCGCCGUUCGAACUCGGGACACUGCGUGGUGAUGAAAUACGGACCGAACAGAUCGCCGGGCGGCGCGUUGUUGCCGUGCGUGCUGUGCGUGGGCCCCGACAAUUCGCUGGCGUGCGGGCCGCGCUUGCAGAACGCGCAUAUCCACGUGGCGUCCUUGGUUUGGGCGUCGUACUUGUGGCUCAACGUGCUCGAGUGCAGCCCCUUCGAACGGACCUAACGAUUGUCAACGAUUCAACGAAAACGAUUCGGGCGGAAUCGGCCGGAGCGCGAUUCCGCGGAGACCAUUGGUUUUUUUUUUGUACAACGCGCAAACGAAAGAGACGGGUUACCUUGUGCCUGUACUCGAGAUCGUCGUGGUACUUCUUCGCUUUGGGCAGCUUCCGUUCGCCGUCGUCGUCGUUGAGAGAGCUGUUCACUAUGUUGACGGACAACGGGGAGUCCCGGGGGCCUUUGAUUUGCACGAACGGCCCUUUGGACUUGGUCGAGCUGGUGUUGCUUCCCGAAUCGUAGGCGUACACGUCCUUGACGCUAUCCGCUUUGUUGCCG